AUGCCUCAAGCCCAGCCCGAGUUAAAGAAGUAUAUGGAGAAGCGGGUGUUCUGCGAACUUAACGGGAACCGCAAAGUCAUUGGCGUUCUACGCGGCUACGAUGUGUUUAUGAACAUCGUUCUUGACGAAGCUUUUGAAGAGAAGCCAGGUGGAGAAAAGGUUGCUAUCGGCAUGAUUGUCAUUCGCGGCAACUCAGUUGUCAUGCUUGAGGCUUUGGAACGGAUAAGCGAGAAAUAG